UUUAGGAACGUUACUGUUUUCCAUCUGUUCUUCUCCUUCAGGUUUCAGAGCAUUUACAGACCUGCUCACAGCUUCUUCAGUGAUAUUCUCCACGCCGAGUAUCGAGCUGCAACUGAUGUCUACGCCCUGAUGUUCCUGACAGAUGUCAUUGACUUCAUCAUCAUAGUCUUUGGCUUUUGGGCUUUUGGGAAACACAGCACAGCAGCUGAUAUAGCUUCUAGCUUGUCAGAGGACCAGGUUCCUGAGGCCUUCCUGGUGAUGCUGCUCAUCCAAUUCAGCACCAUGAUCAUUGACAGAGCGUUGUACCUGCGUAAGGCCAUCCUGGGAAAGCUCAUCUUCCAGGUUAUUCUGGUGUUUGGGAUCCACCUGUGGAUGUUUUUUAUCCUUCCUGCUGUGACUGAGAGGAUGUUCAAUCAGAACUUUGUGGCCCAGCUCUGGUAUUUUGUCAAGUGUAUCUACUUUGGACUGUCCGCCUACCAGAUCCGCUGUGGAUACCCCACUCGGAUUCUGGGCAACUUCCUCACCAAGAAAUACAACCACCUCAAUCUGUUCCUCUUCCAAGGGUUUCGUCUGGUGCCGUUCCUCGUGGAGCUCCGAGCAGUGAUGGAUUGGGUUUGGACUGAUACCACUUUGUCUCUGUCCAACUGGAUGUGUGUGGAGGACAUUUAUGCCAACAUCUUCAUAAUCAAAUGCAGCCGUGAGACAGAGAAGAAAUACCCUCAGCCUAAAGGACAGAAGAAGAAGAAGAUUGUGAAGUAUGGAAUGGGCGGACUCAUCAUCUUCUUCCUCAUAUGCAUCAUCUGGUUUCCUCUCCUCUUUAUUUCAUUGGUCAGAUCAGUGGUGGGUGUGGUCAACCACCCUAUUGAUGUCACAGUGACUGUCAAGCUUGGAGGAUAUGAGCCUCUGUUCACCAUGAGCGUCCAGCAGCAAUCCAUCAAACGUUUCACAGAGACAGAAUAUGACCAGCUCACAAAAACCUUUGCAGACAACGCUGAAGCCAUGCAGUUCAUAACUCUCUACAGUUAUGAUGAUAUUGUGACUGCGUUGAUAGAAGGUAGUUCAGGAUCGGUGUGGAGGAUCAGCCCCCCCAGUCGACAGGAAGUCAUUAAAGAGCUUCUUGGAAGUCCUGCUGACCUGACACUGCGUCUGGCCUGGAACUUCCAGAG